UCUAAGAUUUAACGGCUAAGAUCAAAAGAAUAGCUGAUCUCGAUUUUGUUUUUUCUCUUGUUCCUAUUUAUACAUGCAGGAGUUUUUCUUCUCAUUCACCCUUUCUCCUCUCUUUGCUUCAUCAAUCUGGUCAAUAUGGGAGCAAAAAUAUUUCUUGUUGCACUGUUUCUCUCAGCACUGUUAAUUCCAUUAGCCUCCUCAUCAAAUGAUGGCUUUGUUAGAAUUGGGUUGAAAAAAAUGAAAUUUGAUCAAAACAACCGACUUGCUGCACGCCUUGAGUCCAAGGAGAGGGACCUUAUGAGGCCAUCUAUUAGGAAGUAUAACUUCCGUGGUAAACUUGGGGACUCUGAGGAUACAGACAUUGUAGCACUAAAGAACUAUAUGGAUGCUCAAUACUUUGGGGAGAUUGGUGUAGGCACUCCACCUCAAAAGUUCACUGUGAUCUUUGACACUGGUAGCUCGAAUUUGUGGGUGCCAUCAUCCAAGUGCUAUUUCUCUGUUCCCUGUUUCUUUCAUGCCAAAUACAAAUCUAGCCUAUCAAGUACUUAUAAGAAGAAUGGGGAGUCUGCUGCAAUUCAGUAUGGUAGUGGAGCUAUUUCUGGAUUCUUCAGUGAGGAUAAUGUGAAAGUUGGUGAUCUUGUGGUAACAGAUCAGGAAUUUAUUGAGGCAACCCGAGAACCAAGUGUCACAUUUUUGGUAGCCAAAUUUGAUGGUAUAUUGGGCCUUGGAUUCCAGGAGAUUUCUGUUGGAAAUGCUGUUCCAGUUUGGUACAACAUGGUCAAACAGGGCCUUAUCAAAGAGCCCGUCUUCUCAUUUUGGCUCAACCGAAACACAGAGGAAGAGCAAGGUGGAGAAAUCGUGUUUGGUGGUGUUGAUCCUAAUCACUUUAAGGGAGAAAUCACUUAUGUUCCAGUCACGAGGAAAGGUUAUUGGCAGUUUGACAUGGGUGAUGUUCUGAUCGAUGGUAAAGCUACCGGUUACUGUAAAAGUGGGUGCUCUGCUAUAGCAGAUUCAGGGACUUCUCUCUUGGCUGGUCCAACGACUGUAAUCACUAUGAUUAAUCAAGCUAUUGGAGCCUCUGGAGUUGCAAGCCAACAAUGCAAAGCUGUAAUUCAGCAGUACGGGCAAACAAUCAUGGAUUUGCUGUUAGCAGAGGCACAUCCAAAGAAGGUCUGCUCACAGGUUGGAGUAUGCACUUUUGAUGGAACUCACGGAGUCAGUAUGGGAAUUGAGAGUGUAGUGAAUGAGAAAGCUGGCAGAUCAGCAGGACUGCAUGAUGGUAUGUGCUCUGCUUGUGAAAUGGCAGUCGUAUGGAUGGAGAAUCAACUGAGACAAAACCAGACUCAAGAUCGCAUAUUGGACUAUCUGAACGAGCUUUGCGAGCGUCUCCCAAGCCCAAUGGGAGAAUCAGCUGUUGACUGUGGAAAGCUUUCUUCCAUGCCUACAGUCUCCUUCACAAUUGGUGGCAAAGUGUUUGACCUCUCCCCCAAUGAGUACAUACUCAAAGUUGGCGAGGGUGAUCAAGCACAAUGUAUAAGUGGUUUCAUUGGCUUGGAUGUUCCUCCUCCCCGUGGACCUCUCUGGAUCUUGGGUGAUAUUUUUAUGGGUCGAUAUCACACCGUCUUUGAUUAUGGCAAACUCAGAGUUGGAUUUGCUGAAGCAGCUUAAUGUAACUAAUGCCUCUACAUUCACCCCUCUAAUAUAUAAAGAGAGAGAUAUAACAAAUGCGAUUGAAUGUAUGAGCACUCUAAGGUUUUAGAGAAACCAUACUUGUAAAUAUUUGCCUUUUCUCUGCACUGCUACUAUAUACAUGUGUGUUUUACUGAUAUUUGUGAAGAGAGCUUAAAUUUACUUCAUCAAUUGUUCCUUGCGUGUGCAAGAAUAAUAUAAGUUCACUUUCUUUAUCUAA